AUGCCUCUAGUACCUUGGCGAGUUCGCAUUACCGACCACCCUAGUUCAACGCGACAGGAAAUUGAGGAAGAGCCUAAUUGGUCGACGGCACAUAGACAUGAACAUCGCGUUGGGUAUAAGAAUCACGAUGACCGUCUAGCUGGCAUCACCCACCACUGCGAGGAAGUCAAUGCGAACGAUGACGUUGAAAAAGCGCGAUAUGGGCACGAAGACUUAGUUGAAAGAGCGAAGAAGGGCGAUCUGAUUAAUUUCCGAGACUUCGUGAUGGAGGAAAAAGAUCUUCACCUGCAGCAUCCGGAGAACAGAAGCUUGGGCUGGAGAUACGUGCUACCCUGUACGGAAGAUUGGGUCAAGAAUCAGGAGGAGUGGCCGGCGAACACGAAGAGCAAUGGAAACGAGCAAGGUGACAGCGGGAAGCAUCACGACGCAUAUGCCGGAAACGCAGAGGACUCAGGCUACUACAACGAUGAAGCCGGCAAGAAACAGAAAACUAAAUACGAGAAGCUGCGAGAGCGAUACUCCGUACAAGAAAUUGCCUUGCUUCGAAACCUACAACACAAAAAGGACUACAUCCAGAAUCUCGAACAAAACGACGGAAAGCGCAAAAGCCCCCAGACAAACAAUCGAAGUACUAUUUCCAUCGAUGAAGCGGACCAGUUCUCGCCCGACAACUGGCUACCACGUUCUCCGGAUCUAAUUCGAUUGACGGGCAAGCAUCCGAUGAAUGCGGAGGCCAAUCUAUCGCAUCUCUACGACGCAGGACUUAUCACGCCUAAUGAUCUGCACUACGUACGCAAUCAUGGCGCUGUUCCACCGUUACUGUGGGAGUUUCACGAGUUGAAUGUUGAAGGAGGCAAGCUUGUGCUGUCCAUGGAUGCGCUAAGGAACGACUUCGACUCAAUCAACAUCCCCGUGGCGCUAGCAUGCGAUGGAAACCGUCGCAAAGAGCUAAACAUGCUCAAGAAGUCUAAAGGGUUCAGCUGGGGUAGCGCGGCGGUUAGUUGCGCAUACUGGAAAGGAUCGCUGGUGCGGGAUGUGCUACUCAAAGCCGGCGUACCAGGAAAGAUGCCUGAAGGCAAACGGUACUGGGUCAACUUCGAGGGCGCGGACGAGCCGAGCGAGGGGAAAUAUGCCACAUGCCUGCCGUUCGAAUACGUCAUGGAUGCAACGAACAACGUGGUCCUGGCAUACGAGAUGAACGACCUUCCGCUUCCGCCUGAUCACGGAUACCCGGUGCGCCUGAUGAUACCAGGGUAUGUUGGUGGACGCUGCGUCAAGUGGCUGAAGCGACUCUGGGUAACGGAUAAGGGGAACGACUCGCACUACCAUAUCUGGGAUAACCGUGUCCUACCGUCUUUCGUUACGGAGAAGGACGGCGAGUUUGCGGAGGCGCUGUUUCGCCAUCCGGAUACGGCGUGCAAUGAGCAAAAUCUGAACUCCGUCAUUGUGAAGCCUGGGCAGGGUGAGAAGAUAUCACUUUCGGAGGCCAAGAAAGGUAAUACGUAUCGCAUUGAAGGCUACGCGUAUGACGGUGGUGGUCAUGAAGUCCAGAGAGUGGAGGUCUCGCUGGAUAAUUUCCCAGAAGCGCCGAUUCGACAUGGGAACAAGUUCUGGACAUGGCUGCACUGGCAUGUCGAUAUCGAGAUCACGCACUUCCUCCGAGCGAAGAGCAUCACGGUGCGCUGCUUUAAUGUAUUCAAAAAUACACAGCCGAAAGACCCGAACUGGAAUGUCAUGGGCAUGAUGAACAACUGCUGGUACGUCGUUAAGCUGUAUAUUGUACAAGAAGAUGACUCAGAUAGUCCAUCAAUUUUCUUCCGACACCCUGUGGAACCAGGCACAGCAGAUGGCGGGUGGAUGGAACCGAGUGUUGAGAACCAGAUGGCGACUAUCAAGCAGGCGGCUGGUACACCGCAGAAGCAAUUCACACGGCAGGAGAUUGAGAAACAUGAUAAGGAGGAUGAUUGCUGGAUUGUGGUCGAUAGGAAAGUGUACGAUGCGACGAGCGUGUUGGAUUGGCAUCCGGGAGGCAAAGCCGCGGCGUUAGGUCAUGCUGGUAAAGUGCAUGCAGAAACUAGCAAUGAGUUCGAAAGUAUACAUGACGGGUAUGCCUAUAAGAAGCUCAACGAAUGCGCGAUUGGUGUGGUGACGGACAAGACUGCCGCGAAUGAGCAGUCACCAACAUCAUCCCAACAAAGCAAAAUGGUGCUGCAGAAGCACCGAUGGGUACCAGUCAAACUCAUCGACCGCAAAUCGAUUUCGGAGGAUACACGCGCAUACACUUUCCAACUACCAGAUAACACCCCCGAUUUGGGUCUCGCAACUUGCCAACACGUACAAUUAGGUUAUCAUCUCCAAGACAAGAUGCUCAUCCAUUCAUACACACCAACGAAACCACUUCUUCCCGAUCCAUCGAAGCAAAUCAACAACAAAACCGACAACGACAGCCUCGCAGACGGCACUGGCACCUUCGAACUCACCGUCAAACCCUACUUCCCCUCUCCCUCCCAACCCGGCGGCGCAAUGUAUAAUAUCCUUGACUACAUGCCCCUCGGCGAAGAAAUCGAGAUACGCGGGCCAACCGGUGAGAUGGUGUAUUAUGGUAAUGGUUCCUUUACGAUAUCAGGCAAAGAAUACACGUUCAAAAAGAUCAACCUCGUUCUUGGUGGAAGUGGUAUUACGCCUGGUUACUCUCUCAUCGCACGCACCAUUCUCUCCAAUGACGACGAGACGCAGAUACGGGUUGUGGAUGCAAAUAAGUCUGAGAAGGAUAUCUUGCUUCACAAAGAGCUUGAUGAGUUUGAGAGGGGGAGUGGAGGCAGGCUGAAGAUUACACAUAUCCUCAGUCAUCCUAGUGAUGAUUGGAAGGGGAAGAAGGGACAUGUUGACCCGGACGUUCUCAAGGAAGCACUGUUUGCGCCGGAGCAGGGCACCGGUGUUUUCCUUUGCGGGCCGCUGGGUAUGGUUCAGAAAGCUGCAUUGCCAGCACUGAAGGAGUGGGGAUUUGAGGAGGGGGAAAAUUUAUUUGGGUUUUGA